AUGGGGGAGGAUAGGAGGAACAAAAGCAACAGCAACAGCAGGGCGCACCCGGACUGCAUCAACGCUUCCAACCCUUACCACGAAUGCGUGGAGUACUGCUUCCAGAAGAUCGCGGAGGCCAGAGAACGCGCCACCGACCUGCAUCCCCCGUCCCCUGGUAUCCUACCUUUCUUCUUUCUUGAAGACCUUAUCGUAGAUUUGUGAAUUUUCUGCGGGUUCUGACGUCUACUGCGCAUAUGUGGUCGCGGCAGCCGUGAUAAAAAUGCACAGGGACUGAGACAACUAACCCUGGUUGGGUCUUUUUGUCUGUUUUCCGUCUAACCUGUUACCUAUUGCUGGAAUUUCCCGUGGCAUAUGCCUGAAUUGCAUAACUAGAGAAAUCGGAGGAAACAGACUGCUUAGUGCCGUGUGAUUGCAAAUAGGAGUUCUAGCGAUCCAAGUAGAGGACACAAUUAAGUAUCAUUAACAACAAGUCUUUUUUCUCCAGCAACUGGAGGAAAGGUGCCGGCUGCAGACGUGAAGACCAUUGCCACGUGAUGUAAAACUGAGAGAGGAAAUGAACAGAGAGAAUGACGAGAAACAAGAGAUUAAGAUUUGUGGCUGUAAAAUGAGAUGCUACUUUUUAAUGGAGUAUUUUCCAUAAGGAAGGGUUCUGUAAACUGCAGAUGGACUGAUCAUCUUUAUUAUCUAUCGCUAAGAGGAUGAUUUCUAGGACCCAAUAGUCAGGGUUUCCCAAAUAGUAGAAGCCAUUUGGCAAAAAAACUAGGCAAUAGACGGAACUCAACUCAAAGGAGAAAUAGCAUUCUUGUCUGACAUGUAGUGAUGUGAAAUUUUUUGAAUUAACCCUUAUAUGUAGUUAACCAAUCUGACAAUGAUAUACUUGCUUUGGAGAUGACGCCUUGAAUGUGGAUGGGUAGAUUGGAAUGUUCUUUUUUUUUCUCCCACACCAUUCUGUUGAAAUGAUAGUUGGUACUAGAAGCAUUGGUGAUUAUUUUCUGACUGUUGGAUCGAACUAGAUUCAGUUCUGAAACGUGUUUUGUUGUUGUCCGGGGCGUCCAAUGUCUCUGCUGGUUCUUUUGUACUUUAGUUUGGUGGCUGACGACAAUCAUUGCCUAGUUCUUGCUUUUGGAUGGUAGGCCUUCGUCCUCUCAGGAUUUCGAUCUAUUUGUUACGUACAAUAUUUCGACAAUCCAUUCUUUGCAGAGAAGAUUGUGCCUCUUCAAGGUUGUUGUUAUAUCUUGUGUGUGUGUCGUGUCGAUCACUCUUUGAUGUUUUGCAGGGCUGCACAAACAAGAUGUUGACUCUGCUGAGAGGGUCCUUUCUCCUGAACGAGCAUCAAGCCCAGAAGUGCAAGCUGAUGGUAGUGAUGGUCAGAAAGACUUUGAUGCAGGUUACCCACCGAUGAAUGAGAGGCAGAAAAAGUUGUUUGAGCUUAGGCUUAAGAUGGUGCGCAGAGUUUUUACACGCGGGAAUAUGUUACCCCAAAAAUAUUUCUAUGAUAUUCAAAAUGAAUUGCACCAGUUAUUUCUAGCUAACUGAACUGUUUUUUGGCUCCUGAUUUCUAGAAUGAAGCAAGAAAAGCGAACCAAGCAGCAAUGGUUGCAGAGAAAAAUAAGCUUGAAGCACCACCGGAAUCAAGGGGCAUCUCUAAACAGAAGUGGCUGGAAGACAGGAAAAAGAAGAUUGGAAAGCUUCUGGAUGCGAAUGGCUUGGAUAUGAAGAGGGCAUACAUGCUUGACACACAAGAGAUGGCUGAAGCAAAAUAUAAAAAGUGGGAAAAGGAUCCUGCCCCUUUCGGAUGGGAUGGUAAGUGUUUCUGUUUUUAUCCAUCUUUUCAUUUUUCAUCCUUGUUUUGCUCUUAUUAUGAUAAACAAGUAAUAACAAUUACUUAGUCCGGUCUUCGUUUAUGUUGACAUACAUUUCAAAACAUGGGCAGGAGAACUGGAUCCGGAGAAAUGUGAUCUUAUUAACGCUGAAAAUAUGAAAGGGUCCUUGAACUCAUACAUCUCUCUGCCAAUCCCUUACUCAACCUCUGCUUGUGGACAUCUGUCCAGUUUUAUGCUUGUGUAUUUUUAUUGAGUUUGACUAGAUUCACGGGUAGAUUGAGGUUAUCUACAAGGUGUGUUCCACUUUGCAUUCCUGCCAUUGUUAUUCAUCUCUUCCUAUCCUUCUCUCUGUUGGCAUGGGAACUGAUGCUUAGUUCUUCUCUCUUGCUAGUUUUCAUCCCCUUUUUAAAGCUACUAGAUUUUUAGCUUUCCCCCCCGCCCCACCCCUCCCCUAGCUUUAUUUUUAAAGAACAUCUUCUGUACUAGUUGCCUUACAAAAUCUUUUAUCAGUCUUCAAUCAGAAAACAUUAUACAGCGCCUACAAGAAGCGGACAAAGGACAUGGAAGUUGACAUGGAGGCAUACAACAAGGCAAAGGAAGAGGACCCAGAGUUCUACCGUAAUGCUUCAAGUCUCCAGUAUGGCAAGGUCCUUCAUCAACCUGCAAACUGUGGAUAUUUUUCUCUGAGGUUCCAGUCUUAGAACAUCAUUUUGUGCAGGCUCCAAAAAUUCCGGACAAGAACAUUGACCGGAUGGUGAAGGAGCUCCAGGAUCGGGAUGCCAAGCGGAAGUCAUUCAGCAGGCGGCGCAAGUUCCAUGAGGAGAAGGACAUUGAUUCAAUCAAUGAUAGGAACGAGCACUUCAACAAGAAGAUUGAGAGGGCGUUUGGGAAGUAUACGCUGGAGAUCAAGAACAACCUGGAGCGUGGAACAGCUUUACCAGACUGA